UUUUUCCCCAGCUUUCUCUUACCCCCCCCCCGCGCCAACAAACUGACGGCUCUUACUUUGUUCCUACCGUCAACAUGUGGACGACCACCAGCGGCUUGAGUGGUCGGUCGCUCCGGGUGAGCAUCACCUUGGCCGCUGUCGUGGGUUUCUCGCUCUUCGGCUACAAUCAGGGCAUGAUGGCCGGCCUCCUCAACGGCGACGAGUUUGUUAACUCCUUUCCCAUCCUCAAAAUGCCCGAGAAUCCGACUGCCUCGGAAAAACACUACAUCGACGUUAUCCGCGGUGCUGUCACAUCCUGCUAUGAGCUUGGCUGUUUCUUCGGCGCGUUAUUCUCCAUGUUCUUCGGCAACGGACUCGGCCGCACUCGCCUGAUCUUUAUGGGUGCCAGUAUCCUGAUCAUUGGCGCCUUGCUCACAACGGUCUGCUUCACUGGCAAAUGGGAAGUUGGUCAGUUCGUUAUUGGCCGCGUUGUAUCGGGCAUUGGAAAUGGCAUGAACACGGCCACGAUCCCGGUCUGGCAGUCCGAAUGCUCCGGCGCUCACAAUCGUGGCUUCCUGGUCUGUUUUGAGGGCGCGAUGAUCGCGGGUGGCACCUUUAUUGCCUACUGGGUGGUCUUUGGUAUCUCGCACGCCGCGGAUUCGGUCCAGUGGCGAUUCCCUGUGGCGCUCCAGAUCUUUUUCGCUCUGGUUGUGGCCACCGGUGCCUUGAUGCUCCCGGAUUCCCCGUCGUGGUUUGUGAUGAGAGGGCUUGACAAGGAGGCUUGUGAAGUUCUCGGUAAGCUCAAGGGCGCCCCUCCUGAUUCCGACCAAGUACUUCACGACUUCAACUUCUUAAAAACGGACGUGGAAUCUUCAAAGAGCGUACAGUCAAGCUGGAAGUCCGUGUUCACAUUUGGCAAAACCCAGGAAUUCCAGCGCCUUCUUAUUGGUUGCUCUGGUCAGUUCUUCCAGCAGUUUACUGGCUGUAACGCUGCUAUCUACUACUCCACAUUACUUUUCCAAGAAAACCUCCAUAUGGAGAAAUAUCUGUCUCUAAUUAUGGGUGGGGUUUUCGCGACGGUUUACGCCCUUGCCACGAUCCCGUCCUUUUUUAUGAUUGAAAGAGUCGGCCGCCGCAAUCUAUACUUGAUUGGUUUUCUAGGCCAGGGGCUUAGCUUUGUGAUUACAUUCGCUUGCUUGAUCAAGGAAACCGAGGAGAACUCUAAGGGAGCUGCCGUUGGUAUCUUCCUCUUUAUUACUUUCUUUGCAUUCACCCUCCUGCCACUGCCCUGGAUCUACCCACCGGAGAUCAACCCCCUCCGUACCCGCACCGUGGGCGCGGCGGCGUCAACCUGUACCAACUGGAUAUGUAACUUUGCCGUGGUCAUGUUCACACCGCUUUUCGCUGGCCAGAGCCCAUGGGGUGUUUAUCUCUUCUUCGCACUAUUUAACUUUGUCGGUUUGAUAUUCGGCUUCUUCUUCUAUGUUGAGACAGCCGGCCGUGAGCUUGAGGAGGUCGACAUCAUCUACGCCAAAGCCCAUAUCGAAGGGAAGAUGCCGUUCAGGGUCGCCCACGACAUGCCCAAGCUCAACUUCGAACAGAUCGUCCAACAGUCUCGCGAGCUGGGCCUGGAUACCAACGAUCAUGCCAUGCCUGAGAAGAGCGAGCUUGGCCUCGGCAGUGACAGUGGUCAGGAGACCGAGGAGGUCCAGGAGAAGCAGUAACGCCCCUUUAGUGGACGUGCUGUAGCUGUGGUUGAAGGUGGUGAUGAUAUCUGAAAGUAGUUGAUUCCUACUUUCUUUUGUAUUGUUCUGUUUAUUUUCUAUACCCUAGUACUCGGUCAAGUGUGGGUACACUCGGCGUCCGGGCACUCUGAUUAGUCCUUUUUUCAAAAUUCCUAUAUAUACCUGUUGUUUAGAGUACAUAGUGAUAGAGAGCUGGUGUCGCUCGUGUAUGGGAUUGGUUGUCCUAAGGUCUUUAAAUCUAUCAUAGAGAUUCCUUGGUGUUAUGGUCCAAGUCGCGCGGUUACCGCCUUAAGUUCCUGUAUGCUCUGACACGGUAAUAUACUUGCUCUUGUAUAAAAAAUCUCUAUUUUAAAUAUCUGUAUUAUUU